AAAGUGUUGUCUCCAACAUCAUAACAAAUGCGAAAAAAAAGUUUACUAUAGAACAGCCGGUCGGUUAUAAUACUUACCAUAUUUAUUAAUUUCUAAGUUUAAAAAAAAAUUAUUAAAUAAGUACAUAAUUUAUAUUUAUGUAAAAUAAUUGUACAUAGGUUUAUAAUAUAAAAGAAAAUGUAGUAUAAAUUUGUAAAUUUAUUAAAAAUAUUCAUGUUUUUCAAAAAAAUAAUAAAUUUUUCAAUUUUAUGAAAUUUCAUUUUAAAUAAUUUUUAAAAAAAUUAGCUAUAAUAAUGAAAUAAUGAUAAUAAAAGAUUAAUUUUAAAAUUGAUUCAAUUAAAAUGAAAAAAUUCAUUUAUUUAUGGCCUAUUAAUAAUUUGUGAGCUUGUAUAUAUAUUAGAUAAGUAUGUGUUAUUAAGAAGAAACAAAAAAAAAUAUGUUGUAUGAAUGUCAAUGCAUACCAGCGACAGCAAUAAUACGAAAAAAAAUUGAAAGUAAUAGGAAAAAAAUAUAAUUAAAGUUAUAAACAAAUACAUCCCUACAAAUAUAUAAUAUAUUUGUAUAUUAAUUGUUGUAGAAAGAGUGGUGCUUUAACGCAAGACAUGUUGCUGUCUACAGGAGAAUCAUCCGCUUAUUCAGCGAAUGAAAUUGCAGGACGACUGCAGGUUGAUAUUCGUUCAGGUCUAAGGUGGUCGGAGGCGAAAUAUAGAUCAAAGAUAAUAGGAUUAAAUGAAUUAAAUGUUAUUGAAGAAGACCCAACAUGGAAGAAGUAUAUUGAACAAUUUAAAAACCCUUUGAUACUGCUAUUAUUAGGCUCAGCAGCCGUAUCAGUGUUUAUGAGACAAUUUGACGAUGCUGUUAGUAUAACAAUAGCAAUAAUAAUAGUUGUUACAGUAGCUUUUAUACAAGAGUAUCGUUCAGAAAAGAGUUUAGAAGAAUUAAAAAAAUUAGUACCACCAGAAUGUCAUUGUUUAAGAGAAAGUAAAUUGGAAACAUUUUUAGCGAGGGAACUUGUGCCUGGAGACAUUGUCUAUUUAAAUGUUGGUGACAGAGUUCCUGCUGAUGUAAGAUUAUUUGAAGCAAUUGAUCUAUCCAUAGAUGAAUCAAGCUUUACUGGAGAAACUGAGCCAUCCAGAAAAAAUACUGAAGUAAUGUUCUAUAAUGGAGCAAAUAAAGAUCAUUCAAAUAUGAAGAACAUUGCUUUUAUGGGAACAUUAGUACGUUGUGGUAGUGGAAAGGGAAUUGUUGUCAGUACAGGUGAAAGGAGUGAAUUUGGAGAAGUUUUUAAAAUGAUGCAAGCAGAAGAAGCACCAAAGACCCCUCUACAAAAAUCUAUGGAUAUACUUGGAGCUCAACUUAGCUUUUAUUCGUUUUUGAUAAUUGGUAUAAUAAUGUUACUCGGUUGGCUGCAAGGAAAACCUUUGCCACAAAUGUUCAACAUUAGCGUGAGUUUAGCUGUUGCAGCUAUUCCAGAGGGUUUACCAAUAGUUGUAACGGUUACUCUCGCGCUGGGUGUAAUGCGAAUGGCUAAGCGAAAUUCAAUAGUUAAAAAAUUGCCCACUGUUGAAACUUUGGGAUGUGUUAAUGUUAUUUGUUCUGAUAAAACUGGGACAAUUACAAAAAAUGAAAUGACCGUUACGGUUGUUAUAACAAGUGACGGUUACAUGGCAGAUGUAACAGGUGCUGGAUAUAAUGACCAUGGAGAACUUCAUAUCAGAUCGUGCAACAGUAUUGAAUUGGCAAAACAAAAUAUUUCAACAUUAUUAGAAAUUGGAGCAGUUUGCAAUAAUGCGUACAUUCAAAACGAUACACUAAUGGGGCAGCCAACUGAGGGUGCCCUAUUAGCAGUUGCAAUGAAAAAUGGACAGUAUGCAGUAAAUGACAAUUAUAUCCGAAUACAGGAAUAUCCUUUUUCAUCGGAACAGAAAACUAUGGCAGUUAAAUGCGUUCAAAAAUACAAUAACAAUAAAGAAGAAAUAUUCUUUGUUAAAGGUGCUUUAGAAAUGCUAUUACCUUCUUGUACUAAAUUUAUGUAUGGAUCGCAUGUUAAAACGUUAACAAAGCAAAAUGAAGUAGAAUUUCUAGCUGAAGCUUAUGAAAUUGGUAGAAAGGGUUUAAGAGUUUUAGCCUUAGCUAAAGGGAAGUCUAUGCAAGAUUUGGUUUACUGCGGCCUAGUUGGAAUAACAGAUCCGCCAAGGCCACUUGUAAGAGAAUCGAUUGAAAUUUUAAGUCAAAGUGGAGUACGAGUGAAAAUGGUGACUGGUGAUGCUCAAGAAACUGCUUUAGCAAUUGCUAACCAAAUUGGUUUAGAUACCAUUCAUCACCAAACCUUAUCGGGGUUGGAAAUGGAUCAAAUGAGUGAAAUGCAAUUAGAAAAAAUUAUCAAUAAUGUUACGGUUUUCUAUCGUGUUACCCCAAAACAUAAACUAGCCAUAGUCAAAGCAUUACAGCAUGCUGGAAAUAUUGUUGGAAUGACUGGCGAUGGUGUUAAUGAUGGGGUUGCUUUGAAAAAGGCUGAUAUAGGCAUUGCUAUGGGUAAAAAUGGAACUGAUGUUUGCAAAGAGGCUGCCGACAUGAUACUUGUCAAUGAUGACUUUUACACAAUCAUAGCUGCAAUUGAAGAGGGCAAAGCUAUUUUUUACAAUAUACGAAAUUUCGUUCGUUUUCAGUUAAGUACAUCUAUAGCAGCUUUAUCUUUAAUUGCAUUAGCUACUUUAAUGGGCAUUGCAAAUCCUUUAAAUGCAAUGCAAAUUCUUUGGAUUAAUAUAAUUAUGGAUGGACCGCCAGCCCAAUCAUUAGGUGUAGAACCAGUAGAUCAGGAUGUUUUAAAGCAAAAACCGCGUAACGUUAAACAACCAAUGAUAACAAAAGCUGUUAUUGUAAAUGUUUUACUUAGCGCUAGUAUCAUUAUAUUGGGUACUUUAUGGGUAUUUCAACGUGAAAUGGCAGAUGGUUCAAUGGGUUUAACAAAACGUGAUACAACAAUGACAUUUACUUGUUUCGUUUUCUUUGAUAUGUUUAACGCUUUAAGUUGUCGAUCUCAAACAAAGAGUAUUUUUAAAAUUGGUUUAACAUCCAACAAAAUGUUUUUAAUGGCAGUUGCAUUUUCAGUAAUUGGUCAAAUGUUAGUUAUAUACUUUCCACCCUUACAAAUGGUUUUUCAAACUGAAGCAUUAUCAGCGUAUGAUAUAUUAUUUUUGGUUAGUUUAACAUCUUCAGUUUUUAUUGUUUCUGAAUUCAAAAAAUGGUUUGAACGUGCCAUGGAACGUAAACUGUAUAAAGCUAGAUCCGAUUUAGAUUUUGUAUGACAAAACGAAUGCGCUGAAGAUAUUUUGAAAAAUGAUUAAAAAUCUAAUAUAAUAAUUUCAAUAAAACAUAAAAAAAAAAAAACAAAAAAAAAACAAUAUUACAAUAUACCCACAGUGAAAUAAGAAAAAAAUAGACAAAUAAUAAUAGUCAUGAUUGAUGUUCACAAACUAUUUUGUAUGAUCAAAUGAAUACAAUUAAGAAGAGCAUGUAAGAAGUUUGUAAGAGUUUAUAAUUUAGUUAUGCAUGUUAUAAUUUCAAUUUUAGAUUAUUACAGGUUUCUCUUAGAUUUAAAUUUAUACUUUAAUAAUUUAAACCUUUAAAAUAAUUUAAUUUUUAAUAAUAAAACAAAAAGUUUUGUGAUAUAAAAAUAAUUGAUUGUAUUACAUUAUUAGUUAGGUUCUCUUAGUUUAUAACGUACCCAUACAUAUUAUGGUCAUUUGUAUAUUAUUAGAAAAAUUACUUCAAAAUUUUUUUCAUUCAAUUAUUAUUCAAUAAUAAAAAAGAUAAAUAAAGUAAACAAAUUCGUUCUUUA